CCGCAGAGAUCGCGAGCUGUUUGUGCGAGCAAGGAGGCUAGAUGAUUACCCCCGAAGCCCUCGCUAUGAGGCCGAUCGGGGUAGAGGCGACUCCCGCGGCCGAUGGGAGAGGGACGACAGAUACGAGAGGUCGGGUUGAGAUGGCUACAGAGGAAGUAGAUAUGAGAGAGGAGAUCGGGACUGGGAACGACAAGAUGGGUCACGCGGACGGUUUGAGCGCGGGGGAGAUGCAAGAGAGCAGCGCGACGAGACGCGAGGAUGGUACAACCGAGGGGACCGACGCGAUGAGUUACGAGGACGCUAUGACUCGGGGGACCGCCGGAAUGACUCGCGAGGGCAGUAUGAGCAAGGAGGGUAUGGAGGAGACCGGCGCAACGAUUCGCGCAGUCGGAAUGAGAGAGGGGGAUAUGGUGAACUCAUGCGUCUACUGUAGAGGAGAAGAUCAUAUCAAUAGGGAUUGCCCGGACCUCAAACAGGCAAUAGAUGAGGGACUUGUCGUACUUGACGACCGCAAGUACGUCAAGUGGGUAGAUGAUCUGGGAGAUGUAUCAAUGUUUCCUUCGAUGAAGGAGAACGUCGAAGCAAGGAGAAUAAAGACGAGUAAAGGAAUGGAGCCGGUCAAGAGCCAGAGCAUCAAGAUAAUCUUUGAGGGGGAUAUCGCGACCACACCCAUAAGGGUGGCAACCACCAAGUCAGCAAGAGGGUCUACAUCGAAGAAGACUGACACGGAUUAUGUGAUGACGGAGAAGGACGGGCAGCGGGUCGAUGGAUAGGAGGUUAUCCUUUCGCCAGGAUAGAGGGGAGAGAAGAAGUUCUUAAUGAAGAGUUCGUUGGACG